GAUAUGCACUCAGCACCUCUUUUCCUUUUUUCAUGCAUUGCACUCCGGAGCUUGUGCCACAAGCAAACACUCAGCUGCUCUCUCCUUGCCUGCAGGACCUGCACUCACGGCGAGGCCUGGAUGGAAUGCUGGCGCGGCGGCGCAAGCUGCUCAAGUAUCUGAGGAGGAAGAACUGGGACUCGUACUGCCAUGUUAUUGCAGAGCUGGGGCUUCGAGACAGAGUGGACCUGCAAUCUUAG